AUGAUUGCGACGAUCAUGACACCUGUGGGACUGUUUUAUCUUUCAGCGACACGAAGCCGUAGCGCCGACUGUACUGUCGCACAAGCGCAGAAUCCAGGCUGCAUUGGACAGGAUGACGUUGAUGGCGCGAGUCAUUUUGCGCAGCGCCCUGAGGACUCUAACCUUAACUACCGGUGUGCCACUGCAUUGGACGAAGCCUCUGCCGAAAGCCCGGCUUGGCAAAGAUGCGCGCGCGACGACGGGGUUGUUAAUUUGCGCUUCUCCUUCGGCGGUCGAUCUCUUACACCAGGCUCGUCUUCUGCAUCGAGCGAUAAAGUGUUCUUUCGCCUGCUCAUCGAAAUCGGCAGUUACCUCAAGACAUCAGGUGAUGCCCUCUUCGUCUGUGGCCAUGUCGAUCCGAAGGCAGGCGCGCUUUCGUGGGUCACAGACAGCAGGGCGCCCAUAGCUGUCGUGACUUCCGAGUCCAUGGAACCUGGCUUCCAGCGUGGGGACGUUCUCCUCCUAUGGAACCGCCCGAACCACAUUACGGUGGGAGACAUAGCUCUCGUGGCGUUUCCGACACGGAAGCUCCCCAUGGUACACCGCGUUCUGCAAUCUUAUUACCUGCCGACUGUGGCGGACGGUGCUGGCCAGCAAACAAGGCAAUACAUCAGGACGAAAGGGGACAACUGCGAGACUGAUGAUGCUCUUCUUUACCCUAACGAGGAGGGCCUUGCUUCCCGUGAGAAUGUAAUCGGGCUCGUUCGUGGCAUUGUUCCGUACUUGGGCUUGCCAGUGAUCAAAAUGAAUGAGCUACUGUCGCGCCCGACUAGAUAUGUAUUAUAA